GUAAAAGAAGACGAAGAACUGUUUUCUUCUUUGUGGAUUUUAUUUGACGUUUGAGGUCCAUAUCUUUAACAUGCCACUGUCAACAUGCUAACACAUAAGGAUAAGAGGAAACGGAAUAAAGGGGAACACUUUUUUGUGCAUCUUUUUUGCGAUUCAUUUCAUUUUAUAGUCUUGGUGGCUGCUUUUCUUGAACGAUGAAUGACGAGGAAGAUGUGGAAAGACUUGGUGAGGAGUUGUACAAUCGAAUUUCUAACCAGCACACAGAGAGUGCUGGGAAACUGACAGGCAUGUUAUUGGAACUGCCUUUUGCGGUGUUGGUCCAGAUGCUCCAGGAUGAAGCUCUGCUGACAGCAGCAGUGGACAAGGCUCUCAAAGCCCUCCAGGAGGCAAACACACCCAGCAAAGUAAAACUUGAAGAUGAUGUCUCUUCAUCCUCUGAUUCACUGGGAGAACAACUUUUUGAGUUGGUAGAACUUUAUAACACAGGCUACUCACAGAAAAUCACAGGGAUGCUGUUGGAGCAGCAGAAACAUGUAGUGGUAAGCCUUCUUUCAAACCCAAAACUGCUUGAAGAGCAGGUGAACCAAGCUCUUGAGACAUUAAAAAAACAAACGGUGGCAGGUUUUAGUGACUCUUUGGAUGUUGAUGAUUCAGAGGAGUUUGGUGAGAAACUCUUUUCAGCAGUAGAGCAGAUUAAUCAAGAUCAUGCAAAUGACAUAACAGGCAUGUUGCUGGAAAUGGAUCACACUACUCUUCAUCAGUUGUUAUGUGAUAAUAGUAUGUUGGAAGCUGCUGUUCAAAAAGCACUAUCUGCCCUGGGAAUUAAUUCAACUGAAACUUGAUAAUUUAUAGUGA